AUGGCCGACCUCAUGGAAGAUGACCCCUCCUCGGGACUGCAAUCCUCAGAAGAGGAGAAAGAGAUGGCCGUGGAGUCUUUGGUGCAAGGUCGUGCGAAGCGAAGCACAGCAGGCCGGAACAUGUCUGCCCUGAUCGAUGCAGCCGCAGACGACGAUCUCACACUGCUAUUCGAGGAGGUGGAAGACGAUAAUGAAUUCGCUAUAGAUGCAGAAGCUGCCGAAGAGGAGGACGUGGGACUCGAUUCUUCCUCGGAAGACGAGGACGACCAAGGCCCCAAUGCACAGAACGACUACGAGGGCGAGAAAGAACUGCAAAAGGAGGAACGCAAAAAGCGCCGAGCACAGAAUGACCUUCGUUUUCAGACACUUCGCAAGCGAGUCAAAAUCGAUCCGACUGCCGUAUCUUCCGUACCUGCUCCUCCACCGCGGCCGAAGAAGAAAUCCGAGCGCAUCUCGUGGCUGCCCACGGUGGAAGAUGGACCGACUCGAUCCUCCUCGCGUCGGCAAACGAUGGUCAACAAGGAACUUACCCAUGCACGUUUGAAGGACAGCCAGGAGAAGCGAAUCCGAAUUAUCGCUACAAUGAAGGAGGCCGAAAAGCGGAAAGCCCAUCUGAAACCGAAGGAGAUGACCCAAGCGGAUCAUCUCGCGGAAGCUGCCAGGGUGGAGCGAACCAACAGCAAGAGUCUGAACCGAUGGGAGCUAUCGGAGAAGAAAAAGGCAGAGGAACGGAAGGCGAAGAUUGAGGCAUUGCAGAAUCGCCGACUUGAGGGCCCCGUUCUAUCCUACUGGAGCGGAUUGGCUACGUGGGUGAAUGGUCAGCUUACAAAGGUUGGGAAGGUUGAGAUCAAGGCGAAACCUGAGAAAGAAGAGCCUCGCAAGAAGAAAAAGGACAAGGACGAGAAGCCUGGCACGGAGUCGCAGGGCGCGCAGAGUGCUACGCCUGCUCCAGUGCCGCCGGCGCCGCCAGCGAACCUUGUACCUCCUCCUGGAGAUGCUUCAACUUCCAACCAAACGGUUGUACCUGGCGAGCCUGGAUCUGUCCCACCGUCUGAAGGGAAGUCAUCACUAGUGACGCCUGCUCCGACUACUUCAGCGCCCGAUACAGCCCCGACUUCGACAUCUACAGAAGAACCUAGGAGCAAGCCAGGCGAGGGUGCCUCUGAGCAAACGGCAGUCGCCGAGCCAGCCGUUGAGAAAGACGGCAGCAGGGAUUCUGAAAACCAUCCGGUAGCCGAGUCUGUCACUCCUGAGAAAGAGGAAAUCCAGACUGGAGAGCCAGCAACCCAAGCCGAUCCCUCCAAGUCUUCCGAGAAUCACCCAGAGUUGGGUGAGACUGUUGCGAGUCUCCCAUCUGCAUCGCCCAGCAAGCAAGUCUCCACGGACAAAGCUGCAGAAAAUUCUUCAACGGAGAAGCCCGAAGAGAAGUCAGACGAAAAGCCAGACGAAAAGCCAGAUGCGAUGGACAUCGAUACCACCUCGAGGGCCGAGCCCACCAAGGAUGAUAAACCACAACCAUCCACCGAGCAAACAUCAUCCGCUCCUGCCGCGACCGACAGCACGAGUACCAGCACAGACGUACAACCUCCCUCUGGGGAGGUCUCUCAGACCACCUUGGCAUCAACCCCUACAGGACCUAUGACCGCGGCACCCGCAUCCACGCCUGCAGACCCUCAAGCCCCUCAAGCUCAAGCCCCUCCCAGUGAUGCAGCCCCCCUGCACGCCACGCCGCCCAAUAUACUCGGGGCCUCAAAUCAAAGCGUCAACCAAACCCAGCAGCCACAGCAGGGAUCACAGGGCGACCAAGUUCUUCAGCAAUCAGCCCAAUCACAAGAGCCAACUCCAACGGCAGUUCAACCCGAGAUUCCACCCGCCCCGCCAGUCAUCGAGUAUACAGGCCGGAACUUGACGAUCCUGGAGAAUUUCGACGAUCGGACCGCGCAGAGCAAGAAGUUCAGCAUGUACUUUAAUGCAAAGAAGCCACCACGGUUGACCAAAAUCUCCUCAUCACUCUGCGUCAUCACAUCCCUGCCCUCCCGCUACCGAGACCCAGAGACUUCCCUCCCAUAUGCAAACUCAUAUGCGUACGGGCAGAUCCGCCGGAUGCUCUCGCAGGGAUACAUCUGGAGCUCUAUGUUGGGCUGUUUCGUCGGACCCGGUGGGAUUGCGGCGCGCGGUGUACCGGAUCGAUUCCUCGGCAUUGAAUCGAAGGAAGGCGGCGAUGGUGAGAAAGGCAAAGAGAAGGAGAAAAAGCCCGAAGAUGGAUCUGCUGGUGCUUCGAAGGCUGACCCGAUGGAGGUUGAUGCAAAGUGA